GAUCCCUCGAGGCGGCCAAACAAAACAAAAAAAUCAGGGGUAGAAUGGUGACCAGCAUGAAAGCCAACCAUGAUGCUGAGUGCCCUUUAGAGCAGUUCUUACAGGGGAAAUGGCUAGUGGAUUGCCGUUUCCCCCUCAUUCCUGCAUCAGAGCUUCACAACCCUGCCCCCAAGAAGCGUACAAGGGUCUCAGCAGACUGGGAUGAAGAAGGUGAAAUCCCUGAGAAGAAUCAUAAAAUGGAAAAUGAGGAGGAGGAGGAGAAAGAGAGAACAGUAACCACCAAGAAAAAUGCAGGGAUUCCUAAAAUCAUCAUAAAAUAUCAAGAAAAGCGAGGAGCUGAGAGUGUGAAGGUCCUUGGUGAACACAAUAAGAAUACUGGAAGCAAGGGUCCAAAGACAAACCCCACACUUGUUCUGAAGCUGAGUAAGAGGACUCACACAAGUGCCAAAGACUCCCAUCUGGAAAACAAGGAGAACCCUAAAGGCAUAACCAAAACCUUGAAGAGGAUGAAUAAGGAUCAGGAGGAAAUCAGCCCUAAAAAGACCUCAAGAAGGUCGUUCUCAUCACCUCAACCUCCAGUCAAAGGAAGAGGGCAGCAAAAAAUGAUUGAGAGUGAGGACGAAGAAGAGGCCAGAGGUUUGUCAGAGGGUACAGAAAUGAAGACUGAGAGGAAAGAAAGGCCAAAGAUAAGCAAGAAGAAGAAGGAAAAAGAAGUAGAAGUAAUGACUGCAUCUGAAUCAUUAGGUCAUGCCAUUAAAAGAGGGAGGCCAAGGAAAAGUAUGAAGUCUGAGGAGGAUGGAGGAGAAUCAACUGCAUCUGAGUCAUUGGAUCAUACUGCUAAAAAAGUAGGCAGGCCAAAGAAGAGUAUGAAGGAUAAUGAGGAAGGAGGAGAUACAACUGCAUUUCAGUCAAUGUAUGACACUAUCAAGAGAAAAGGCAGGCCAAGGAAGAGUAUGAAGUCUGAGGAGGAUGGGGGAGAAUCGACUGCAUCUGAGUCUCAGGAUCACACUGUCAAGAGAAGAGGCAGGCCAAGGAAAAGUGCGAAGUCUGAGGAGGACGAAGGAGAGUCUACUGCAUCCGAGUCUCUGGAUCACACCGUCAAGAGAAGAGGCAGGCCAAGGAAGAGUGCGAAGUCUGAGGAGGACGAAGGAGAGUUGACUGCAUCUGAGUUGUUGGACCACACUGUCAAGAAAAGGGGCAGGCCAAGGAAGAGUAAAAAAGAUGAGAAGGAUGGAGGAGAAACAAAUUCAUCCAAAUCACAAGACCUAAUACCCAGAGGAAUAGAAAAACUAAAAGGGAUAAGAGAAGAGGGAGGAGAUGUGACUUCAUCUGAUUCAGUAGAACCACAUGUCAAGAAGAGAGGCAGACCUACAAAGAAGGUAGGGAAUAAAGCUACAACAACUUCUGAAUCCCUAGAAGCACCCAUCAAUAAGAGAGGAAGACCAAAGAAGACCAUAGAGAAGGGAGACAAGAAUGACAAGAAAACAACCUCCAUGUCAAAAAUACAACGAGGUCCAGGAAGACCCUGCAAAAACCCACCACAGGCUCCAGGAACUGAGAACCCCAGUGUGCAGGAACCCCGGACAGUUGCCUACUCCCUUUCCGGGCGGCCUAUCUCAGGAAACAAAAUGGUUGACAUGGACGAAUCAGACCAGGUUAGCUCUGAGGAUGAGUCCUGGAUUAACACCAAAGAAGAGAGGAUAAAAACAAAGAAGCAAACAAAGGUGAAGGCAAAAACCGAAGAGAGGAGGAAGGAGACAAAGGAAGUGAAAAAGAGGGGAAGGAAGAAGAAAGAUGAGGUUAAUGCAGGUAAAGAGAAAAAGGAUCAUGAAGAAGAGGUGCUGAAACCAGAAGACUGUAUAGUGACUGCAAAACGAGGGACACUGAAGUACCUGCACCAGAGAGAGAAGUAUGUGAAAGCACUGGCCAAUGAAGUACAGAUAGAGGAUGACUUCUUCGCAAGCAAGGCCUCUGUCAAGAAGAAUGUGCUGGAGAACUUGCUCUUCUCUAGCUCCCCAGAUGACAGUCUAACCAUCAAGACUCCCCAGGGCAAGGGUAAGAAGGUCAGCAGCAACAUCAUCACACCGCGCACCAUGAAGCUGGGUCAGUGGGCCAGCAAGAGCCCCUGGAGUGAACCUAUCACGCCAUCCACAGGGACCUCCCCACUGCAUCCAACUGACAAAAAGGAAGCCCUCGACGUGAUCUACCAACACAUGAAGGGGCGCAAGAGGUGGCCGCAGCCCAUAAGAAAAGUGCUAAGUGAAAGCUCAUCCCUGUCUGUGCUGGAUGUUACUUCCACCAAACGAAAACUAGAGCCCUUAGAGCUCCCAACACUGCCAGAAAUCCCCGAAGACAAGGAUGGUGAAUCUAGCGAUGAUGACUACUUCAAUUCGAGUGAGGUCAACUGAGGAAUAAAUGAUGUUUUGCAAGAAAAUCUAGGGAGGGGGAAUGCAUCCCAAGAUAUGCCAUAACUUUGGUGAUAAAAGUCGAGGGCUGAUUUGAAGCAUUAGCUCGGAUUACUGUACCAUAUACAUGCACCAAAUUCUGUACACUUUUAGAUUUAGAUAAUUUUUAGUUUAGAGAUAUAUAUUGAUAUUUGUUUUGUUUCUUCUGUCUUCUGUUUUUUUUUCUUUCUUUCUUUCUGAAGUCUACAGAAUAUUGAAAACCUGUUUUGAAAGUACUGUAGAUGGAAAAGAAGCUACAAAUUAGUAAUACUUGGCAAACAGUUGAGUUUUUUAUUUUGUAUGAGUAUAAUGUGUAAUUCAUCAGUUAUGGAAUCUCACUGUUUGUAAUUACACUGGAUUACUGUGAUAAAAGGAUCAUCAAUUCUUAUACAUAAUUUGGCGGCUGACUUACGAGUAGCAUUAAGGUACCUUGAGGUAUUGAACACUGCCACAUGUAGACUUCCUAAUUACUGUAGAAAAGCACAGAAAAUGACUGGUGCAUUGUUGUGUGCUUUGUGAUAUAGUUACACUGAAAGUGAUUUGUAUAGCAAGAUGUUAUUGCAUUGUUUCAGUGCUUAUUGAGCCUGUUAUGGUAAGGUUGUUUCAGUAGUAACUUGUAACCUGUACAUGCUUCUUGGGAUUGUACAUGGUAAAUAUAUAUGUAUAUUUAAACCGCAUAAAAAUUGUUUCAUCUGUGUUAUGACUACAUAGUAAGAAAUGGAAUGAAGUGCCUUAAUACAUUCCAGUUUGUCAUUAAUACACUGUAAAGGGAUUGAGAAACUUACAUGAUUACUUUUAAAGAAGUCCAAAAGGCAUAGUCAUGUUAGGGAGUUUGGUCUUUCAAUUUACACUGAGGAAAAUUCUGUGUAGAGUAUUUACUGCUUUGCAAUUUUCCCAUAUCAUGUAAUGCAAGUUACUUCCCAUACUGCUAAGAUCACCAAAUUGAAAAAAAAAAUAGUACAAAUUUGUUUAUCCUCUAGAUUGUCAAAUGAACAUAAUAAAAUGAUCCUGCUUGUUGAACUCCAAAAUCAAUACUUUAGUUCACAUUUAAAAAGUCUGUUUAUGACCAAUAAUUAAAUGAUUUAUGGCAGAUAAUAAAAAGCAGGGAAUUUUAUUUGAUGCAAAAAUCUCUUAGUGCCUUUAAGCAUGUAUGUACAGUAUUGUUAUUUUAUUUUAUUUAUUUAUGAUUUUUUAUUUUUUUAUUGUUAUUAUUAUUAUUAUUUUUUUAGAUGUAUGUACAGAAUAUCCUAAUUCCUGUCUUCCAAAUACAUUAGGAUUUUAUUUUUUUUAUCAUACAUGCUUGAUUAUUUUUUUUCUUUUUACUUUUUAAUAUAUUUUUAUUUGAAACAAUGUUGAGAUGUAAUUUUUGCAUUAUUUGUGACACACAAAUGAAAACAACUGGAAUUUUCAGUGUAAGUCUUUUGGCCCAAUGGUCUGUUGUAAAUACCUGUUUUCAUUUACUCAUUAUUAAUUUUCCUUAUGUUUCUUUAUUAAAGAAAUAUUAAAUUCUUUUGAAUUAA